AUGUUCACAGUCUGCCUUCUUCCCUGACUGAGUGAAGCCAGAGAUCAGCAGCAGAUAGAAACAUGCAGCAGGUAGUUUGGAUCAGUCUGGUUCUGCUGAAUGUCGUCUGGAUCUCCUUCUUUUUAACUCCAGAUCUGGACUUCUCAGUGUUUGUGCAGAGGAGAAGCAAGAGCAGCUCUGAUGAGACGUUCAUGAUGGAGUUCUGCCUUCAGCCAGAAGUUUUCACGAAGUGGACAUCAACUGAAUCUCCAGCCAGGCGACCAGAUGAGGACAUCAACAUCAUCACAGAACUCACUGCAAUUGCAGAACAAGACCUCAAACAGACUGAAAUGUUCGGCUCAGCUGACCAGAACAACCCGUCUAAUCAAACUGAUCAUGAAGCCAAUAGUGAUUUGUAUGGACCGACUGCAUCUACUGAUGAACAGAGACUGACUCCACCAUCAGAGUUCAGCUCUGAAGCCGAUCGUGUUGCAAAGGUUCCAACAACUCCUAGAAAUCAGAAGGUCAACGUCAACCAACCCGAUCAACACAGAAUCAUCGACAGUUCACAUUCAGGUUUUCCAGACGACUGCUGCUUUGAAUUCUUCAGAUUACCAAUGAACAAAAAGUUAAUCUCUUCAUAUUCCAUGACUGAUAAUCGCUGCGCCAAGAGAGCUGUUAUCUUAAUAACACACAGGAAACGUAACAUCUGUGCUGAUCCAAGUCAGCCCUGGGUGAAGAAUGUUAUGAACUUUCUGGACAUAAAUUCCUUUUAAAGUUGCUGCCAUCUGUCCUGAUUAAAAGUCCAAUAAAACGCAUUUGGCAAAGUGAUCAUGUUUUUAGUAUCAGAAUUAUUCUGUUUCAAAUAAUCAAAGAUUUUGCUUUUAAAUGUAAUCACUGUUGAUGUUUGUAUCAUUUCUUUUGGAAACUUUGUACAUAAACUAUCCUACAUCAGUGACUGGAACCAUUCAGAUUUCUGUUGAAUUCAUUUUUCCUUCUCUUGUUCUGUUUUCAUCAUUUUCUCUAAUCAAACACAAAAUCAUCAGAAAUGUUUCCUUUGGUUGCUGGAUGUUUUCCUUUUCUUGCUUUUGUUCAAAAAUAAACCUGACUCUUAACAAAU